GUCAAUUUCCCCUUUUAAAUUUUUAGUGUUUUUUUUUUUGGUUAAACGCUGAUGUGUAAACUUUGUUCUUAAUAAAAGUCAUUAUUAUAAGUAACUAAAAUCAAAAAUGUUUAAUAUUCAAACACAUAUGGAUUUUGAAGGCCAACAUAAGGCAGAGAAGCUUUCUAGAUUCAUCAUAACUUUAUUCGGUAUUGUUGGUUUGAUUUGGGGUGCUGUAAUACAACAAUUUUCACAAACAGUAUAUAUACUAGGAGCCGGAUUUAUUUUAGCAUCAUUGUUGACAAUUCCACCAUGGCCAAUUUAUAGGCGGAAACCAUUGAACUGGCAAAAGCCACGUUACGAAAAUCAAACUAAUUCAGAUGAUUCUAAGAAAAAGAAAAAAUAAUCCACUAAAUAUCAUUCCAUUCUAUUAAUAAAUAUUUUUAUGUACUUCAUAAUUGAAAGAAUGUUCGUCCUGAAUAAAAAAAAAGAAAAGUGGUUACAAAAAUAAACAGUUUUAAUUUAAGUAAAAUAGAAGAAGAAAAUGUUUAAAAUAAAAUGGUUAUUAUUUGCCUGUACGAAAUUU